AUGAUUGCUCAAUUUUUGCCACAACUUCAGCAACUUCAUGUUUUCAUCAAUCGUUGUUAUGAAGUUUUUCAUAAUAUCAUUUGUCAACUUCAUGCUUUUCUUACCUUAAAGAGUAGCUUUCUGGAGCGAGCUCAAGAAAGGAAGUUAAUAAGAAUGUGGCGUUCACUUGGAUUACUAUUAUCUGUUUUGAUUUCACUUGACGAAAUUAUACGUCAACAAUCCACUUUGCAGCAACACUGGCAAUCGUAUUAUAGAGCAAUGCAAUUGGUAGCUCACAAUCCAUCUCAAUUCGAUGCAAGAUCGGAUUUGUUGCAACCUCUUCAAGGGCUAAUUGCAAGCAUCGAUCAAUCAAUUAUGCAAGCUAAUCUCUACAAGAAUUGUUGUCAACAAAUGUUCGACAAAAAUAUACAUGACAAUCUUCAGUUCAGUGAACGAAUGAAAGGAAUAACAAUUGAAAUGUUCGAAAAGUGGGAUCGAGUGGCUGCGGAUGAUAUGCCAGAUAAACGACAUCUAAUGACGAUUGUUGCCCUUGUCUUAUGCCAUAUGUUCAUAUUUCGAACUGUUGAUAAAAAAAUGAUGCGAAUCGUUUGGAAUAGUUAUAAAAAGCUUCCACUAUUCCAUCUCUCUGGAUAUGUAAUUUGGUCUCCAUGUGAAUUUAUGCUGGAAAAUAUGAUUGAUGUAGAUCGUAUAAUUGAUAAGAAAAUGAUAGCUGCAAUGAUUGCUGCAAAAUCUGCUCAGUUUGUUCAAAAUAUGGAAACAUUGCCACGAGAAGCAGCUAAUGCAGCAAAUAUUUUAGAUGAAUGGAAAUGUGAUAUGAACGAAAAGAUGAAAGAGACACCUGAACGAAUUUCGAAGAAUCACUUGACACUACGAAUUUCACUUUUUUUGCGAGGUAUACGCUAUGCGGAUUUAUUGUGUCGACUUUUGAAAACUUUGAUGAGUAGAUUGGUGAUAGAACAGAAAGCUAUAUCACGUAGUUCUGCUUCAGCUGCUUUCCGUUUGAUUGAAACGAUUAAGGAAAUCGAGGAGAUAUUCUGCAAAUGGUGGUAUGAUGUUUUAGAAAGUUGUCAAGAAGCAGUCCAAUACUGUAGUGCUAAGCUUAUUCAUUUGAUCAAUACGGUACAUCAGACAAUUCGUAGCGAAUCGGAUUUUUCCUACCAUACUGUCGACACACUUUCUGCAUUAACUGUUGCUGAGAAUGCUCUUUUGGGUUCUAUUUCACGGACCAGUUUAAUUGUUGUAGGCACAGCGUUAGAAAUGGCUUGUUAUACAGCAAGUAAAAUAUUUCGUGGUAGUGAUGUCGAAAAGAUAGACGAAUUACUUUUACGUCUAGAUACGCUUUCAUCAUUAGGAAAUAUUAUUUUUCGCACCUGUAAUUGUUCAUUUUUAUUUUGGCAUCGAUCUUUUAUCGCCGCAUAUUUUAAUGCAAUCAUUGAGGAUAACAAUUCACGACCUGAGUUAUUCUUCGGUGCAAUCAAUGACAUAGAGACAAUACUGGGUUCAGAUGAAAGCGCGCUGGACAGAAGGGUCAAGGAAUCGAUACGGGAUGAAUUAUAUGAGUUAUAUGAAAAGUUGUAUUUAAAAAAAUUAUGCGAAGCAGUAGAAACAGAUUUACGGUUAACCGUUCAUUCUCAUCUCCAAUUGGAUGAUCGUACACCGAAAGAUCCGAUGCAUGAUAUAAACAUGCGUUUAGUUAAUUUAUUACAAAUGCCUGCGGUGCAACUCUUUGAUCGAUUGAUUGAUGUUAAAAGAUAUGUUGAGAAAUAUUUGGAAAGUACAUUCUAUGAUUUGACAGCAGUAGCUUUACAUGAUUCGAAUACCUAUAUGGCGAUGAGUUUGUUGGCCGAACAAAAGUAUAAUUUAAUCUUAUGUCAAAGUCGUCUACCAUUUCAAAAGCUUGAUCAAGGUCCAGAUGUGUUAUUUGUUGCCCGAAAUAUCGAUUCAUUUGUGGAAAGUUAUAACUAUAAUUUGAAUGAACAGUUCUUUAUUGAAAAAGAUAGUAAAAGCAAACAGUUAACAAUAUUAACUACAGAACACGUUGCUAAUUCGAUACGAACUCACGGUAUGGGUAUCAUGCAUACGACGAUCAAUCAUGCAUAUCAGUUUUUGAAAAAAAAAUUCUACGUUUUUUCACAACUUUUAUACGAUGAUCGUAUUAGAAAUCAGUUAGUUAAGGAUGAGCGAUAUUUUCAUCAGAAUGCUGAAAAACUCGGAAAAAUGUAUCCAGUAAGUCGAGCACAACGUUUCAGCGCUGCAAUUCGGCUUCUCGGUGUUUCAGAUGAUGAUUUGUAUUUGGAUAAGUUACGUAUUCUGAUUACUGAGAUCGGAAAUGUUAUGGGUUAUGUAAGACUUGUCAGAUCAGGUGGUGUUGAAGCGAAUAUGCAAUCUUUGGGAUUUCUUCCCAGCCUCGAUGAUAUUCCAUCCUUUGAACCGCUUGCAAUCAAUGCAAAACUAUCACCGGAGAGUAUUAGUGCUGCUAAAGUGUUAGAUAAUGUUUUUGAUGUGGCGAAGAAGAAUAUUAAUCAGUCGGACAACUAUUUACAGAUUCUUGUGGAAGCAUUUGCACCAGAAUUACGCGGGAAUACGAAUACGAAGUAUGAACAUUUGAACUUCUUUUACAUGAUUGUGCCACCGUUGACAAUCAAUUACGUGGAUCGAAUGCUGUCUUGCAAAGGGAAAUUAGGACGAAGAGCAAGACAAAAUAAUACUUUUACUGAUGAUGGAUUCAUUCUUGGUGUGGCAUUUAUCCUGGUACUAUUGGAUCAGCAUAGUUAUUUCUCGGAUUUGAACUGGUUCCAAUCGGUAGCCCAUGAAUGUGAAGAAGAAAUUUAUAAUGCUUCACUUGGCGCUAGAAGUUCAUCUUCCAAAAUUGCCUCAGACCCAUCUGCAGCAAUCCGUCUAGCAAAGCUUGAUCAAUACCAAAAAGUCUGA